AUGACUAUCGACCUCAAUCAACAAGGCAUGGAGACUCUCCGUUUAACUUGGAACACUUUCUGGGACAAACAUUGCCACGGAUUCCGUAACAAAAACAAAUCGGACGGUUCCUACACAGAUGACGGUAAAUACACAGUCUGGCCUUUAUCUGUGCUUGCCCAAGCUGUAGUUGAUGCCAUGCGAAUUUACCCCCAGGACGCCCAUCAGUUUGUUGAGCCUGUUUUCCGCGUGUUUGAUCGUUACUAUUCUCCAAAGUAUCAUGCUUACUGCGCCUCAGAGAACUUUGACGGUAACAAUGAUGUAUAUUUUGACGACAAUGCCCAGGUAGCUUCUGCAUUUCUCACAGCUUUUGAAGUCACAGGUAACCGACAUUAUCUUGACAAGGGCGCUGAGGUAGUAAGAUUUCUUCUCACUGGUUGGUACACAAGCGAGCCCUAUGGUGUUCGAUGGCACGUGGAGAAGGAUGGCUCCAAUACAUGUACAACGGCAGAGUGCGGAAUUGCAGCACUACGUUUGGAGCGACAUAUGGAUCCUAAUGACAGCUAUGCCCGUACACUUGUUUCAUUUGCAUCAGAUUGUGCACGCUGGGUUUUUGACCGCAUGCAAGACCAAGACGACAAGCUCAUUCGUGAUGGAUACGUUCCCGAUAAAGAACAUAACGAGUGCGGGAACGGCUACCGUAUAGACGGUAUGAAGUGGACUUACAAUCAAGGUACUCCGUUGACUCUUACUUCAAUGCUUUACUGCAAAACAGGUCAAGACUGGUUUAAGGAAAAGGCAGAACAGCUUGCCCUUGCAGUCACAGAUACUAACACCACCAUUUUUGACCGAGACACACCCAAUCACGAUGCCCGCUUUUACCGUGAUAGUCUUUACUUUUACCAAUUGCUGGCAGAGGGCUUUGCCGAUUUACACCUGUUUAUUGGACAGCGUGCAUCACAAGAAGUAUUGGAUCGAACUCGCCGUGAAGCCAUUCGUGUGGUCAAGUACAUGAACCGCUACAUGCGCAAUAAUGAAACUGGGCUUUAUUUUCAAACAUUUGAGAUUUUCCGCAUUUCGGAGCAGGGUCAGCGCGAAUACCACCAGCUUACUGGUACCGACAAAAAGUAUGAGCCUUCUGAGGGAGAACGUUGUCAUGAUAAUCAUGUCCCGGUUUGUGACCGAAAACUCACUCAUUCGCUGAUUUCUUGCGCUUCUGCCGCCCGCAUUUACUUCCAAACUGCACGUUUGAGCCCUUCCGUGGAUUAA